UUUCUCCUUGUGUUUGGUUGCUUGAUUUUGUCCGUGUUUUCUACUAUUCCUGAACACACAAAACUUGCCUCUGGUUGUCUCUUCAUUUUGGAAUUUGUCAUGAUUGUUGUCUUUGGUUUGGAAUUUAUUAUUCGUAUCUGGUCUGCUGGGUGCUGUUGUCGAUACCGAGGAUGGCAAGGAAGACUGCGCUUUGCGAGGAAACCAUUCUGUGUAAUAGACAUCAUUGUUCUCAUCGCUUCAAUAGCAGUUGUUUCUGCAAAAACUCAAGGUAACAUUUUUGCAACAUCAGCACUGAGAAGUCUUCGUUUCCUACAGAUCCUUCGUAUGGUGCGCAUGGACCGAAGAGGAGGCACUUGGAAAUUAUUAGGUUCUGUAGUUUAUGCACAUAGCAAGGAAUUAAUCACAGCCUGGUACAUAGGAUUUUUAGUACUCAUCUUUUCAUCUUUCCUGGUUUAUUUGGUGGAAAAAGAUGCAAAUACUGAAUUCUCCACAUAUGCAGAUGCUCUCUGGUGGGGCACAAUCACAUUGACAACCAUUGGCUAUGGAGACAAAACUCCUCUUACUUGGCUUGGAAGGUUGCUUUCUGCAGGAUUUGCUCUACUUGGCAUUUCUUUCUUUGCACUACCUGCUGGCAUCCUUGGCUCAGGAUUUGCGUUGAAAGUGCAGGAGCAGCAUCGUCAGAAACACUUUGAGAAAAGAAGGAAUCCAGCUGCAAGUCUAAUUCAGUGUGUAUGGCGUAGUUAUGCUGCUGAUGAGAAAUCGGUUUCCAUUGCUACCUGGAAGCCUCAUUUGAAGGCCUUGCAUACCUGCAGCCCUACAAAAAAAGAACAAGGGGAAUCUUCUAGCAGUCAAAAGCUAAGUUUCAAGGAGCGGGUCCGGAUGGCCAGCCCACGAGGUCAAAGCAUAAAAAACAGACAAUCUUCAGUCGGAGAUCGCCGGUCACCAAGUGCUGACAUUGCCACCGAGGGCAGCCCAACCAAAGUCCAGAAGAGCUGGAGUUUCAAUGACAGAACCCGCUUCAGGCCCUCGCUGCGGCUCAAGAGCUCCCAGCCCAAACCCAUGGUCGAUGCUGACACCAGUCUUGGAACAGAUGAUGUUUAUGAUGACAAAGGGUGCCAGUGUGAUGUGUCUGUAGAAGAUCUCACCCCUGCCCUUAAAACUGUUAUUAGAGCUAUCAGAAUUAUGAAGUUUCAUGUUGCAAAGAGGAAGUUUAAGGAAACACUUCGCCCAUAUGAUGUCAAAGAUGUCAUUGAACAGUAUUCAGCAGGUCAUCUAGACAUGUUAUGCAGGAUUAAGAGUCUUCAGUCACGUGUUGAUCAAAUUCUCGGGAAAGGACAAAUCACAGCAGAUAAAAGAAGCAGAGAAAAGAAUCCUGCAGAGCAUGAGACAACUGAUGAUGUCAGCAUGUUAGGGCGGGUUGUCAAAGUGGAGAAACAGGUACAAUCCAUUGAGUCAAAACUGGACUGUCUAUUAGAUAUUUAUCAACAAGUUUUGAGAAAAGGAUCUGCAUCUGCACUCACUUUGGCUUCAUUUCAAAUGCCAGCUUUCGAGUGUGAGCAGACUUCUGAUUAUCAAAGUCCAUCAGACAGCAAAGAUUUGUCUAAUUCUGCACAACUUAGUGGAUGCGUAUCCAGAUCAGCUAGUGCCAAUCUGCCUCGUGGCCUACAGCUUAUACUGACACCAAAUGAAUUUAGCACUCAGGCUUACUAUGCUUUUAGUCCAGCUAUGCAUAGUCAAGCAACACAAGUGCCAAAUGAUGGACCUGCAACAGUUAAUAAUACAUCAAACCAAAUAAACCAGACAACUAAGCCAGCAACUCCGACAACAUUACAAAUACCACCUUUCUCAUCGAUGAAGCAUGUCAAUAGGCCUGAGCCCAUUCAUAUUAUUCCUGUAACCACACAGGAAAAUAUUUCUAAUGUCACCGCUUGCCUUGUUGCAUCAAAGGAUAAUGGACAAGUUGCACAGCCCAGUGCGACAAAGGAUCUCACAUGGAGAAAAAGUCUGGAUACAGAAGGGGAACCUUUGCUCUCAGUUAAACCUGUGGUGCAAAUGGAUUUAGGAAAAUCUUUAUCUGUACAAAACCUUAUACAGUCAACAGAAGAACUGAAUAUACAGAUUGCUGGCAGUGACUCCAGUGGUUCCAGAGGUAGCCAAGAUGUAUACUCCAAAUGGAGGGAGUCAAAAUUAUUUAUAACGGAUGAAGAGUUGGAGACAGAGGCAGGGACAGAGACUACUGAAGCCAUCUCGCGCCCAUUAGUGGAAACAACUCUCUCUGCUGACUCUCUAAGGACUGGAAUAUCAAGAUCAUCUCAAAACAUCUGCAAGCCAGGGGAUGGUACAGAAGCACUCAAUCUGCUCCAUGUCAAACUUAAAUAACUUCUGGCUUUCUUCACUGGCUGGGUCAUUCCUCUAGUCAUACAUAUCAUAGCAUGAACUGUUUUGAAAGCCUUUUUAAAAAGAUAAAAUCACAAAAAUCAGGAUGAAUCUGCAAAGCAGUUGAAUGAGCCCAUAUUUCUUAGUUGCAUGAAAAUGCAUGUCUAAGCAAUGGCUAACAUCCAAAUUUACACCUACAGUACAGCAGCCUUUCAUGUGGUACAGUAGGUUUAAAUAAUGAGUUGCCUACAAAGCUAAUGCUGCAGGAUGUAUCAAAAAACAAAAAUUUGAGCAUUUAGACCUUGUGCUGUUUCUACGGGGCAGAAGUAAAAAUCUUAAGGUUUAAAGCACUUUGCUUCUGAACUAAUUAAAUAUAUAUAUAUAAUGUCCUGAUUUAGAUGAUAGUUUAUGUUUACAACAAAAAGAUUAUCUACAGCUGCUAGCAAGGUACCAAGGAAAUGAGUAACAUGGGGUUAGAAAUGGCUGCCUGUCGCAAGAUACACACAUUAACUCAUCAGUAAUCAGUUAUUUUUAGCUCUGAAGAACAGUAUGUUAUUAUCUGAUUUUUGGUGAUCUAGUGCUGUGGCAGAAGUAUCUGACACACCACUGUCACAUUGUUCUUUAUAACAAGAACUAUUUUGUUAUAGAAGAAUUGUGUUUUAAAGAUUGAGUCUGGCCUUAGAAGUGGAUAAUGUGGGUGACUGCACUGAAAAUUCAAAGGAAUCUCUCCUUCUUCCAGUCUCAUUGAGAAGCUGACUUGUGAAUCUGUACCAUUUUGGCCACAGUAGGUGAGGAAGGAAGCAGAUGCUGCCUUUUCUGUAGAAGCAAUAUUUCCUUCUUGUGAAAAUUUUGGCAAUUUUCUUUGCAGUCCCAACCUGAUACUAUGACAGCAUUUUCAUAAGGCUGGGCAAGAAGGGAAGAUGAGGAACUGAAAUACAGAUUAAAACUAAAGAGUACAGAACAGGAGGGAGAAAUACUACACAAUCAAUAGAAAAAUAAAUAAAUGAUAUUGUGGAUUUAGGUAGGCAGGAAGGGAAAUCAUCCCAGAAAAUAAAACAAGAAAGGUAAAGAAGGAAAAAGUUACUUUUUUUUUCAUAGAU